AGGCUCCCUAAGUGUACAAAUAGUUCGGAAUAUUUUUUUUUAAGAGUCGAAGUUAGUGCGGCUUCGUUUUGCGUUUCUUGGGAGUCGGAUUCAUGUGGAUGCUCCUCCGAUGACAGCAGAUUGAAACAGCGGAAGGGGACAAAUCGACCGUCUCGUGAAGAUGUUCACUGCCCUCAAGAAACUCGUGAGCACCAACGAUGCCGCUGGGGGAGACGGAGCGAGUCCGAAAACCGCAUCUCGACCGGGUCAACCCUUGGCAAUCGACAGGAACCUCCAGAAAAUGUUUUCCAAGGGGGUACAUUACAACAUGAAAAUCGUUAUAAAGGGGGAUCGAAACGUUGGAAAAACCUGCCUCUGGCGACGGCUGCAAGGCUCCAAAUUCGAGUCGGAGUACACCCCGACGGAAGAAAUUCAAGUGUGCCACAUUCAAUGGAGUUAUAAAGCCACCGACGAUAUCGUUAAGGUCGAGAUUUGGGACGUUGUCGAUAAAGGCCGGAAACGAAGACCCUUAGAUGGAUUGAAGUUGAACGGUUCCACCGCCACAGUCGUGCCUGAAGUAGAGACCGCUCUGGACGCUGAAUUCAUCGAUGUUUACAAGGGUACGAACGGGGUGAUAAUGAUGUUAGACAUGACAAAACAGUGGACCUUCGAUUAUAUUCAACGUGAACUCCGCAAAGUUCCCGAACACAUUCCGGUGCUCGUAUUGGCUAAUCAUCUGGACAUGAAGCAUCACAGGGCCGUGAGUGAGGAUCAAGUCAAGUUUUUCAUCGAGAGUCUUGGCCGUUCUGGCGCUCCAGUUCGCUACGCAGAAUCAUCAAUGAGCAAUGGGUUCGGAUUGAGAUUUUUGCACAAAUUUUUCAACGUUCCGUUCCUACAGCUACAACGAGAAGCUCUGCUUGGUCAGCUGGAGCGUAAUCGGCGCGAGAUCGAGGCCACCUGUGAGGAAUUGGACUUGUUGCUUGAAUCUGACGAAGCCAAUUAUGAUUUAUUCGUCGACCGCCUUGGCCAGAAGAGACGUCAGGCUGCCGAAAGUUGUGCCAACAUUGCAGCGGUGCCCGGUGCAUCGGCAGGAAAAAUCACAGGACAGGGUGUCUUACCGUCGAAGCUGCCGAAAAAUGUCACCUUGCCCCCGGAAAUCGCCAACACGAUCCUCAAUAAAGGUCAACAUCCACAAGCGAAAAAGUCAUUGCCUUCAAAGAGUGCUAGAAACGGCGACGAUCAGGCGAUCGAGGCCAUUGAGGUCGUAGGCAGUGGGGGCCCUGGAGGGGAUCUGAACGCGUUCCUCGAGGGAACGGACGACGACAGCCCGUCGAAGGAAACCCAGGCUGAAAGCGACAGCGACGAUGAGGGGAGGAUCGGCAAUCCUCUCGUAUGCGGUUUCCAGGAUGACUUGGAUCCCGAAGAUUUGUUGCCGACAAACUUGCCUCGUCGAAUGGAUGUCAAGCAAGAGGCUAUUGAAACGAACAGCAGGGCGAGUCCGGAGUUGCAAGAAGAGAUCCACAAGCUGGAGAGGGAGGAACCUGAUGGUACGAGCUCUCCAGCCGAAUGGCAACCUCACGAUCUGGAUGAGUUAGAAAAGAAAGCUUUCGAGAACAUACCACCGAAUCGUGAUCCGGAAGCGGAAGCCGUGAUAUCAAUCGAAGACGAAGACAAAUCAAAGAAGCAUCAGAGGAGAUCAUCGAAAAAAUCGAAGAAGGAGAAGGACAAGCAGUCCGAUGUGGGCGAAAAAUCAGAUAAAUCGAAAACGAAGAAGAAGUCCAAGAAGAGGAGAGAUCCUGGGGCGUCUCUAGUGGAAGAAGAUCCUCUUGAAGCAUUCUUGAACGAUCGUUCUCAGUACGAGACGCUUUAG